AUGGAGGCCUUUUUGGAGGAAUUCUUGAAGCGAGCAAUUGCCCCCCUAAUGGCCGACAUUGUUUCGAUGAAGAAAGACAUUGCCUCCAUGAAGGAAGACAUUCUCGUCCUACUUCACCGCUCUUAUCACAUGGAAAGACGUGUAAAUCUUGCGAUGGAAGCGGCCAACGAAGCCAAAGGAGAGAUCGAAGAGUGCUCUGAGCGCAUCGAUGACUAUCUCAAUAAGGCCAAUGACGAUGACGGAGUGUCUUCUGUUGGUGAUGCUGACGGAGUGCCCGAUGCCGACGAUAAUGCAGUGGCUUCUGCUGAUGACGACGGAAAGUGUGAUAUUUCCACCGAAGUGGUUGAUGUCGAUCGCAAGGAUGAUGCCGACAACUAAGCAAAUCCUGGGUGAUUGUCCUUCUCGUCGUUGGCCCUGAGAACAGGAUUGGGGAUGGAGAUAGUUGUCACUGGAUUUUGUGAUGAAAGGGAACAGAUAUCGACAGUCAAUGGUAGCUAGGGAUAAUAAA